AUGGUCAGCUCCUGUUGUGGCUCUGUCUGCUCUGAGGAGGGCUGUGGCCAAGGCUGCUGCCAGCCCAGCUGCUGUCAGACUACCUGCUGUAGGACCACCUGCUGCCGCCCCAGCUGCUGUGUGUCCAGCUGCUGCAGGCCUUGCUGCAUUUCUAGCUGCUGCAGGCCCAGCUGCUGUGUGUCCAGCUGCUGCCGCCCCAGCUGCUGCCGCCCCAGCUGCUGUGUGUCCAGCUGUUGCAGACCCAGCUGCUGUGUGUCCAGCUGUUGCAGACCCCAGUGCUGCCAGUCUCUGUGUUGCCAGCCCACCUGCUGCCGCCCCAGCUGCUGCAUUUCUAGCUGCUGUAGGCCUUCCUGCUGCCGCCCAAGCUGCUGUGUGUCCAGCUGCUGCAGACCCAGCUGCUGUGUGUCCAGCUGCUGCAGGCCCAGCUGCUGCCAAUCUGUGUGCUGCCAACCUACCUGCUGCCGCCCCAGCUGCUGUAUCUCCAGUUGUUGCCGUCCCAGCUGCUGUGUGUCCAGCUGCUGCAGGCCCACCUGUUGCCAGAGCACCUGCUGUCGCCCAGCUUGUUCUAGUUGUUCUUGUUGCUGA